AUGGUAGAAAACAGUAUAUCGGAACUUGUACCAGGAGAAAAGUAAGUUUGUUUUGUUGUUUUUUUGUUUGUUUAGGUUUGUUGAAACGAAGAAUGCUGCUAAAGUAAUAUUUAGGUAGCAAAGAUUUAAUUUCAUCUAUUUCAGAGUGCCUUAUCUUGCUUUGACAAGAACGUUGAAAAAGAUUGAGGAAACUUCAUCUCGGCUUGAAAUUAUCAGCCACUUGGCAAAGUUCUUCGUAUCUGUAAUCAAAGCAACACCAGGAGACCUGGCCCCAUGCGUUUACCUUUGUAUAAACCAGCUGGGACCGUCUUACGAAGGGCAGGAACUGGGAGUAGCUGAAGGUGUAUUGAUGAAAGCUUUAGCACAAGCUACAGGAAGAAAGGUGGACAAGAUAAAACAAGACAUGGUGGCCAAAGGAGAUCUUGGAUUGGUAGCCGAAAGCAGUAGAUCAAGCCAAACUAUGUUGGGAUUUGCGAAGCCAAAACCGCUGUUUGUGGCUGAUGUUUUUAAAAAGUUGAAAGAAUUUUCGACUUUAACGGGAAGCAAUGUAAGUACUGUUAGCUUUAGUGAUUGUAUUUUGGUAACAUAUUUAGAAGAAAUUGAAAUAUCUUUUCUUUAUUUUUUGUACACGACAUUUAAUGGUGCUGUUUUAGUCUCAAGAUCGUAAAAUCAAGACAAUUCAAGGCUUACUUGUGGCUUGUAAGGAAUCCGAAGCCAGGUUUUUAAUCAGAGGAUUGGGUGGAAAGCUGAGGAUAGGUUUAGCUGAACAGUCACUUAUUGUGGCGUUGGCGAAUGCAUUUACUGAUUACGAGCUACAUAAAGAAGAAAAGAAGCUGGCUGGAGACAAGUUGAAGGAGAAGAAGGCAGCUGAUGCUCUCAUCUUAAAAACCGCUUAUUGGUAGGUUAACUCCGUUUCAAUCUGUAUUAUUUGGUAGAAUUUUGAAGUUUCAGGAGGCUUUUAUAAAAUUUAUUCUUUUAGUGAAUGUCCAAACUUUGACCGAAUCAUAAACACGGUCUUGGAGUACGGUAUAACAGACCUUCCUAAUCAUGUGACAAUUGAACCGGGAAUACCAAUGAAGCCUAUGUUAGCUCAUCCAACAACUGGUGUCGCAGAAGUCAUGAAACGUUUUGGAACAGCACAGUUUGCUUGUGAAUGGAAGUACGAUGGAGAAAGGUGUCAGAUUCACAGACGAAAGGACGGAACGAUGAAGGUAUACAGUAGGAACAUGGAGAACAAUACUGAAAAGUAUCCUGACAUCAUCAAGAAGAUUCCUGAGGUUUUGGUAGACCUGAAGACUGAGUUUAUCGCUGAUGGUGAAGUUGUGGCCUGGGAUGUGAAUAAGAAGGUCAUCUUGCCGUUCCAACUGUUGAGUACACGGAAAAGAAAGGUCAGUUUAUAUUUGGAGCGAAGGUUUAAGUGGUUUAUGUAAAAACUUUUUUUGACUUUUGUGAACUAAGUUAACAUUAUGUUUUAUAAAAUUGUAAUUGUGUCAUAUUAUAGCUGGAAGAAGGCGCUGAGAUCAAGAUUCAAGUGUGUAUUUUCUUGUUUGAUUUACUGUACCUCAAUGGAGAAUCCUUGGUCAAAAGAACAUUUAGAAAACGUCGCACUCUCUUAAAACAGACCUUCAAAGAAGUUGAAGGUAAUCUUAUGUACGCUACAUACCUAGACACAGAAGAUACGGAUGAAAUAGCUCAAUUCUUGGAAGAUGCCGUCAGAGGAAACUGUGAAGGUCUAAUGGUAAAGGCUUUGGACGAAAAUGCAAAUUACGAGAUUGCCAAGAGAUCUCACAGCUGGCUCAAGUUGAAGAAGGACUACCUGGAAGGCGUGGGAGACACCCUCGAUCUCGUAGUAGUUGGUGGAUACUGUGGAACAGGGAAGAGAACAGCUGUGUAUGGUGGAUAUCUGCUGGCUUGUUACAAUGCAGACUUUGACGAGUAUCAGACUAUUUGUAAAAUUGGUACUGGGUUCUCAGACGAGGAUUUAAAGAGUCAAUAUGAAUACCUACAAGGUGUUAGGACGGAGAAGGUAUGGUUCUUAAUUUUUAUAUAUUCUUUACUUUUUUAAUUGCUUUACGUGUUUUUUUGAUUAUUUAUUCUAACUUACAAUACUUUAGGCACCAAGUAACCUCCGAUUCGACUCAACAUUGGCUCCAGAUCACUGGUUCGAACCCAAAUACGUUUGGGAAGUGAAAGCUGCCGACUUGUCAAUAUCGCCCAGACACACUGCUGCUGUUGGUAUGAUUGACAAGGAGAAAGGUAUAUCUCUCAGAUUCCCUCGCUACAUGAAGUUGAGAGAAGACAAGGGCCCAGAAGACUCGACCAGUGCAGAACAAGUGGCAGAGAUGUACAAUAGCCAACAAAUCAUCCAGAAUCAGAAUAAGGACGAAGCGAUGGAAGAAGACGAUGAAGAAGUGUGA